AUGAAAGACGGUCUCAACUUAUCGUCCUUGCAAAAUCCUUUGGAGCGUUACAAACUAGACACUAAACUAGGUUCUGGCAUAUUCGGGGUAGUUUACAAGGCUACCGAUACACAGGCGGCUGGAAAAUCCGUUGCUGUUAAAAUACAAAAAUAUACCGAUAAAAAUGAGGCACACAUUCAAAAGGAAUACAAAAUACUUCGAGAUUUCACUACUCAUCUUAAUCUUAUCGACUUUUACGGAGUGUUCUGCGAGAGAGUCGAUAAUAUAAACAAAAUAUGGUUUGUUCUUGAACUGUGCGAAAACGGAUCGGUCAUCGAUAUUGUCAGAAAGCUGAAUACGGCAGAAAGAAAAAUGUCCGAAGAACACAUAGCUUACAUCUUAAAAUAUACAAUAAAGGCCCUCGUUUAUCUGCACGAGAACAAAGUGAUGCAUCGGAACAUAAGGUGUAGCAAUAUUUUAAUCACAAAAGACGGUGAAGUUAAACUGUCUGAUUUUGGACUGUCGUGUAAAUUAAGCGGAACACUUGAUAAGAGUAAAACGAAUGUUGGUUCUCCGAGUUGGAUGGCGCCCGAAGUGGUGACUUGCGGAAACGACGGUUACGGCAACAGGAUCGACGUUUGGGCCUUGGGCAUAACUACUAUAGAGAUGGCAGACGGAAAAGCCCCUUACCAGGACAUGCAUCCGACACGUGCAUUAUUUCAAAUAGUAAGAUGCCCUCCGCCAACCAUUUCAAAGCCUUCAAUGUGGUCGAACGAUAUCAACGAUUUCAUUUCUGAGUGUCUCGAAAAAAAUCCGGAACAUCGACCUUUCAUAAUGGAACUGGAAGAGCAUCCGUUUAUUCUGUCCGUUCCUGAGAACGAUUAUCACCUCUCAACAGAAUUGAAGAUACUUGCGAAAGAACUAAGUGGCAAGGUAUCGCCAGAAAAAACACCAGAACGGAUAAUAAGAGAUGGCUUAUUGACAACUGAAGGGAACCCUGAAGCCGAAACGAUGCAAGUUGAGGAUCUUGCCGCUUUAGAAAUAUUGACUGAGGAAAACUUACUCAAUGAGUUGCAAAUAAAACUGAUGAAAGGUUCAUUUAUGUCUUUCGUCGGCGACAUUCUACUUAUUCUCAACCCCAACACCGAUGAUGAUAUUUACAACGAAAACCAUCACAAGAAGUAUGAGUGCAAAUCAAGAUCAGAUAACGAGCCGCACAUAUUCGCGGUAGCCGAUGGCGCUUACCAAGACGCACUUCAUCAUAACGAACCACAGCACAUCGUGUUCUCUGGAGAAAGCAAAUCCGGCAAAACUACGAACAUGUUACACGCUCUGUCACAUUUGACCCAUUUAGGAGCGAUGAAGAAUAACACAGCAGACAGAAUUCGUAAAGCAACUAGUAUUAUCCAAGCUGCUAUUUCUGCCGCUACACCCGUAAAUGCACAUUCCACCAGGGGUAUUUUUCAAGUUCAAGUGACAUACGGAAGCUCGGGAAAACUGAGCGGCGCUAUCUUUUGGUUGUAUCAAUUAGAAAAAUGGCGAAUCUCAUCAACAGACAUGACCCACGCUAACUUCGACUUACUUUAUUAUUUCUACGAUGCGAUGGAAGCGGGAAAUCGAUUAGAUGAACUCUGUUUAGACAAAAACAGAAAACAUAGAUACUUACGGAUAUCAGAUGAACCUGAAAAAGAAUUAAAAGGCGUUAGAGAAAGUGUCGAAAAUAACGUUCAAAAUUAUAAAAAUAUCAUUGAGAACCUCACCGCAGUCGAUUGGGAAGAAGAGGACAUAGGAUUUUUUGAAACAGUUUUAGCGUCGAUUUUAGUUCUCGGUAAUGUCAGAUUCAAAGAAGGAAGGAAUGGUUCAACCGAAAUUGAAAAUCCGGAGGAGGCUAAGAGGGUGGCGAAGCUAUUGUCACUGGAUGAAACAAAAUUCCUUUGGGCUUUAUUAAAUUACUGUCUUAUCGAAAGCGGGACUGCAGUAAAAAGAAAACAUACUACAGAUGAAGCGAGAGAUGCUAGGGACACAUUAGCAGGCACUUUAUAUAAAAGACUCAUUGACUGGAUGAUAAAUUUAAUUAAUUCGAAACUCUCCUUUAUGAGAUCUGUCUUUGGUGAUAAAUAUUCAGUCAGCUUAUUGGACAUGUUCGGUUUUGAAUGCUAUCACAGAAAUCGACUAGAGCAAUUGAUAGUAAAUACAACAAACGAACAAAUACAGUUCCUUUAUAACCAAAGAAUUUUCGCUUGGGAAAUGCAAGAAGCCACAGAAGAAGGUAUCGCAAUGCCAGAACUACGAUUUUAUGACAACAAAAACUCUGUGGAUCAACUCAUGGGCAGACCUUUAGGCUUGUUUUAUGUAUUGGAUGAAGCGAGUAGAACUAGUAGUGGACAGGAAUUCAUCAUGAGUACAAUAAGGACAACGUGUAAAGGACCGUACAUCAAAUUAUCGGGCAGUCAUGAAUUCAGUGUAGCUCACUAUACAGGCAAAGUGAGCUACGAUGCAAGAGAAAUGGCAGAAAAGAACAAAGACUUCCUUCCUCCUGAAAUGAUAGAAACAAUGAGGGCAUCAGUCAAUAUAACAGUGCAACAGUUAUUUAGAAAUAAAUUAACGAAAACAGGCAAUCUUACGGUUUCACCAAGUCAACCUAAAGUCACAGUUGCUAAAUCAAAAUCAGAAAAGGAAUUGGAAAACCUAAAAACUAGGAAAUUCAACACGGUCUCCAAGGGGCAAUUUUCUCAAGUUCAUAGAAUGAGAACAGCGGCUGCGACAUACAGAGCAACCAGUUUAGAACUAUUGAAACAGCUCGCCGUUGGGCCCGGGAGUGGUGGGACGCAUUACGUCAGAUGUAUCAGACCAGAUUUGAAUGACAAUCCCCGAGGUUUCCAAAAAGAGGUCGUGAGACAACAACUAAGAGCCUUGGCAGUUUUAGAUACGGCCAAAGCUAGGCAGAGUGGAUUCUCCAGUCGCAUACCUUUUGCUGAAUUCAUAAGGAGGUACCGCUUCUUAGCCUUUGAUUUCGACGAAAACGUGGAAAUGACAAAAGACAACUGUAGACUACUUAUGAUAAGGUUAAAAAUGGAAGGUUGGGAGUUGGGAAAGACUAAAGUUUUCCUGAAAUACUAUAAUGAAGAAUUCUUGGCAAGAUUGUACGAAACAAAAGUGAAAAAAAUUAUAAAAGUGCAAUGUAUGAUGAGAGCUUUCUUGGCCAGAAGAAGGGCGAUCAAGAGUAAAUCAAAAUUAUUGCAUAUCAAAGAACUGAAGAAACAACAAUCUCUGAACGUAACUGAGGAUGAAGCGGCUCUGUUGAUACAAAAAGCAUACAGAGGUUAUAUCGUUCGUAAAGCAUACGGACCGCUCAUAAACAAAUCUACGGGACAAAUUGACGAGGAAACAGCUUCGUUCCUAAAAAGAUUCGCAAUGAAAUGGAAGAGCCGCUCCAUAUUCCAAGUUCUGCUGCAGUACAGAGCGGUUCGCUAUCAGGACUUAGUGCACUUCUCGCAACAGGUGCAUAUUUACAAUCAAGCCGUUCUAGAAGCACUGAUGACAACUAGCACAUCCGUUUUGCUAGACCGCGUGGACCCGCAAGCUAAAGAAGCCAAUUUCCUUGGAACUAGCCCUCCGACCGUCUGGAAGCUACCGUUCAGAAUUGAUCAACUACAAUUCUAUGAUACGAUGCACAUGUGCGAUCCAUCUGCAAAAAGCACCGACACUUUUGCUGGUCAGUACGAUUCCGAUCAGGAGCAAUGGGACGAACCUCUGAAACGACGUUUUAGCGCCACACAGAUAGAUAGUAUCGUAGCGGCCACCACUCAAACGCUGAUCACCGUGCCGUUCUGCCGAGAUCCCACCCAGCCUGUCCCCAAUCUGCCUCCAGAAGAAACUACCCAGCAACCACCAUCCUCUCCUCGUAUCGAGGACGGGUCCCGCAACCGUCCGGCGGUCUACAAAAAGAAACACGGUAAUGCACCACAAAGUUACUACCAGCCCCCGGAGCCGUGGAACGGUGCCCGCGACGACGAUGACGUUCUAGAAAACAGCGCACCCAAAUUUAAAAAGACGCACAGCCGAAGUCUUUAUUGUAUCGACGCUCCAGACAUGCAGAAUCCGAUAAAAGAACUCCAAGCCAUGGCGAGAUCUACGAAUGAUUUGACCGAGGACGACGCACCAUUCAACUUUCAAGCUAUGUUGAAGAGGACGCCAAAAAAUAGAGCGUCGAUGAAACGACUGGGCGAGAUCGACAACGGAACAUUGGAGAAGCCGCAGUCCACGCCGAAACGUGCGCCGACACCAAAAGCAAAAGCUCCUCCCCCUCCCGUUCAAGUAACACCAUCGAAAGCGCCAAACAAAGUCUUACCACCAACUCCACCACCCAGCGAAGUCACGCCCUCGCCGACACCAAAUUCAAUGCAUAAAGAAUUCACCAGGCAUGAUUCCAAAGAUCUCAUAAUACAAGAAUUACAGAAACGAGAAUCUAGGCCAGAGUUGAUUUACCCGAGCAACAAAGUUGAGAGCGAAAAAAUCGAAUUAGCCCCCGGUAUCACGAUUCAGGGGACCGUUACAGAUUUAUAAAUAAAAACGAAUCGCUUUGUAGAAAAUAUAUUUAAUCUCCAUUGCAUUGGAAGUCCGCAUACAUUUUAUUUUUAUUAAGUUUUUUUUUAAAGCCAUAUGUUUUAUUAUAUGUUAAGUCAUAAGAAUUCAAAUGUUACGUUCGAUAAGUAAAUAAUUUACAUCUCAAUAGAGUUAAGUAUAUUGAAUACAAAAGAUUAAAAAACUUAAAGCGUAAAUUAUGGCGUACAAUCACGUACAAGAACAUAAUGCACUAAAUAAUUUGAUGUUAAUGCUUUCCACCUAAUGAGAGAGAUUCUAAAAUAUCAAUCUUAUGCGUUGUUGAUUUAAAUCAGGGUACAUCUUAUGAAAACUGCUCAGAACCAAUGCGUGCAAUACCAAAAUAAACAAUAAAAUAUCUUGUUUAUUCAUCUUAGAUAUAUUACCAAAACUACGAACUAAUAUUUAAUCACUGAAUAAUCAAUGAGAAUACAGCUUUACAAAAUAAAUGAAUUGUUUUAGAUUUAUAAAUAUAAAAAACCCAAAACAUCAAAUUAUUUAGCUUCAUCAAACUUUCACACACUUAAAAACUACACAUAUUGAAGACAAGUCGUAUAAAAAUAUAUAAAUUCUUAUAAAUAUUAUACUUAUUUAAAAUAUUCCUUAUUACGUAUUUAUUCGAAAUUGCUUUGGUAACUUAAUAAUAAUUUACUUAAACUAAUGUGUCGGCGCUAUGGUUUUUAUUUUAAAUUAUUUUUGAGCUAAUAUUGCUAUCAAAAUACCACGUCUCAAUAUCUCUUAUUUAAUUAACUUUUAUCGAUAUCUAUUUCAUUUAAUCUAUGAUAUUAGGUCAUUAGUAUUGCCAGGCUAAAUAAAUAAGUUUCCUUCCCUUCUCACUCUCUUCAUAAGUUACAAGCAAAACAUUAAACUGCGUAACAACUGGCCAUGGACUAGCAUUUUUAAUUAAGUGUCAUUUAAAAUAGUAUGAUAAUAAUUAUUUGGACUAACACUAGUACAAAAUUGUAGUUAAUUUAAAAUAUUUUUUGUUUGUAGUUCACUCUUUUUGAAGCUCAUUAACUUUGUUUUGUACGAACUGAUAUGUUAAUUAUUUUUGUUUAGGAGCAUUUGGAGUCUACCAUUAAAAUAUUGAAAUCUGCGUCGCUUAUAAUAACAUUUUUUUUAAUAAUACUUUUUUUGGUUCCUUGUAUAGAUUUUAAUGUAAUGAGAAAACUAAGAAAUAUUUUAUAUAGGAUUGUCAAUAUCAAUCUCAUUAGCGAGGCGCAAAGGACUGAGCUAAUGAACAUCAGAUUUCAAUAAUUUAUUAUAUAUUACAUUACAACUGGACUUUUGGGCCAUCUGGUAAAGCAUUAAGUAAGUAAAGUCUAUUAACUAUGGUAAUAUUUUUUACAUUAUAAGCAAAAAUAAAGGGGUCAUUAAAGGGCAUAUUCUCCAUAUUCAAAACAGAAAUUUGAACAUUAUGUCAGAUAUACUUUAGGCAGAUUAGUGGGUAGUUUUUUUUUUUUUCCACAAUAUAAAAUGUAUGUAUUUAUUUAAUUACAUCCUAAAUAUAAUCGAGUGGACAACUAUAAUACAUUGUAACCAAAUUACAUUCUGAAAUGUUAAAAUAAAAAAAGUUUAAAUCAUUGAUAUCCGACCUUGUGCCUUUAAUGUACAUAUUAUAGUACCAUAAUGAACGAUUCGUAUUAUUUUUUUCACAACCAGAUGACUCAAUUUCGGAAUACUUUGCACACUAUAUUUUCACCACAAUCAUUCGACUUAGAUUAAUUAUUUUACAUAUUAGAAAAAUAUAUACUAUACGAUCAUUUCUAUUCGUAAAAUUUCUAAACGUAUGUACUCUUUUAGUAAUAGUGUAAUAUCAAUAUUAUAUUUUCUUUUAGUGCACUUAAAAUACUGUUCGAAUCGUAAUUUUCUCUUUUCUAUUCUAGGAAAUCACAUUUUGUUUUCUUUAUUGCCAAAACAUUAAUUGACUUAAACCUAAUGUUAUAUGUACUAACUUUUUUUAAAUAACAAUUGAGUAAUUUUAGAAAAGUUACAAGUUAAUUAUUAAUCUUCCUUAUUGUGGUCUUAGCUAAGUCUAAGCUCUGUAGUUUCAGUCCUUAACAAUACCUUCUUUAGUAUUUUGUUACUUUGAAAACAGUACAGGUUGGUUUAAUCAGUUUUUUUAAUGUUACAUUUAAAAUAAUCUGCUUCAUGUAUACUGAUUUCAUUUAUGUAGCUCUUGUGUCAAUAGUAAUAAAAGCCUUGCAACAUGGACUCACUUUGAUUAUGAGUAAAGGUUUAUAUAAAAAUAUAUUUUUUUAAUUGAUCAUUAACGGUACACAAGUUUUUUUUUAAAUUCUUUAUCUGCAAUCAGUCUCGGUACACAAUAUAUUUAUGUCUUUAAAAUCAUCUAUCGAGCAUACAGUCAUUAAGAAAUAGCAAGCCUAGACAUUGUUGCUAAAAUUUUGUAAGAAACUGCUCUGAACUGAACUGCGAAGACCAACCUGUAACCUUAAUCAUGAAAUGAUAGUAUACUAUGUAUUAGGCCCGUUAUCUGGUACUCAAAACCGCUAACACAGUGAUUUCUGUUAAUUUAUAAUCUUCAUUAUACUUUAAGUUUACAAUAAAGUUUGAUUUCAUUAAAUAUUUUUUCUGUAUAUGUUUAAUUUUUUUAUCAUACAAUUUCAUCGUGUGUUGGACAUCAAAAAAUAAAUUUCUACUCUUCUUUACUUUAUUAUAGCAUUCUUAUUUCCGGUUGAGAGCUCACAAAAGCAAAAUAACUUAAAUAUUUUUUAAAAUAUUACUAUGGAAAAUCUCAUUAUUUAUAACUUAUCUGUUAUGAUUAUGUUAAUGACAUCGAGACACAAAACAUACACAACUUUAUCUCAAAUCACAAAAAAAUGAGUAAUUUGUAGAAGCAUUUUUAAAUUCAUAUUCCUCACAAAAUACAAUAAUAAAAUUUUUAUUUUUUUAUUCUUCGUUAUUAUUAAAAUUUCUUUUCGGAGGGUUCAAGUGUCAUGAUUAGGAUCUUUUAAAGCGAUUUAUAUUAAUUUUAGUUACUAUAGACAGAACAAAACUACAUAUAAUCUGAACUGUAUGUGUUGAACGUUAUUUAGCUUCAAUAUAUAUUUAUUUAUUGUAAAUUUAUAACAAAUCUAGAUUGCUAUAGGAAUAUAAAAAUCUUUAUUUAAAAGAAGCUAAGGAUUUGAACACCCAUAUUCAAAUUUAAUUACUAUGAGACAUACAGGGUAAUUUACAAAGUUAACUAUUCACGUUCGUUACUGCUAAUUUUGUAGUUUGACUUAAAAUAGGUUUUUUUGAGUACAUAAUCAAUAAAAAAAUUUAAAAACCCAAAUUCAACCCAGUCCCUCGAGCGAUUCUUUCAUCGUCCUACUGAAAUCCAUUGCUGGAUAUAGGACACUGCUGAACCUUUCCCAGUUUCGCCACAAUGACUGGUUCUGACUUGAACGAGUUCAACGGUCACUGGGUCAUCGG